UUUAAUUAUUAAAUUCAAAUUUAAUAUUGAACUUGUUUUUUUACACAUUUAUCAACAAUGCUUGUUUACGUUUUUGAGGGCUGUAAAAAGAAAAACCUCAUAAAACCGAAAAAUAUUCAUUUACAUAAAUUUCCAAAAAAAAUGCUUGCAAUAAAACAAGGAUCUAUACAGGAUGUUAAUUUUGAUAAAGGUUUGUUAGGCAGGUCUAUCUAUGAACGAUUUCUGGGUGAAUCAGACUGGACUGUGUGUGGGAUUUCAUUCAAAAGAACAAGUCCUGGGUUGACAAAACUCAAUUUGCUUGAUAAAGAAUCUGUCACUAAUUUACUUCACACUGUUUGUCCUGAUGUGAUUGUUCACUGUGCUGCUGAACGAUUCCCAGAUAAAGUAGAAACUUAUCCUCAAGCAGCUUAUGAUCUAAAUGUUGGAGUUACUGCUCAUUUAGCUGAUAUAGCAAACAAACUUAAUGUGCCAUUAUUAUAUAUUAGCACGGAUUAUGUGUUCAAUGGUGACAAUAGUCCAUACAAAGAAACUGAUGAACCAACACCUAUAAACGAGUAUGGAAGGUUGAAGCUUUUAGGUGAAAAAGCCGUCUUAGCUGCUAAUUCAAAAAAUAUAGUUCUUCGUAUACCAGUACUCUAUGGUCCUGUUGAAAGUUUAGAAGAAAGUGCUGUUACUUGUUUAUUAAUAGGAUUAAAAAAGUGUCAAAAUGAGAAUAAUGAAUUGUUUAAAGUAUCUAAUUAUGAACUUCGUAAUCCUUCUAGUGUUAAUGAUAUAGCACACAUUGUAUUUAAAUUAAUAGAAAAAAAAAUUGUAUAUAAUAAUAAUAUCAGUGGUAUUUAUCAAUGGUGUGGAAAAGAAAUAUUUACAAAGUAUGAUAUGGUGGCCAAAAUGGCUCAUAUUUUUGGUCUGAGUAUGGAGCGUGUAAUUCCUGUAACAAGUCAAAGUGGAGUGAAGCGUCCAUUCAAUACUAUAUUAGAUGUUUCACGUAUUAAUCAAUUAAACAUUGGAAUACAUACCAAUUUUGAAGAUGGAAUAAAAUCUGUAUUGUGUGGUUGGGUUAAUAACUAAAUGUUAGUUAUAAAUAAUGGCACCGAUCCAAUGUGUAACCUACACAUACAUUUUCGAUCCAGUGUGUGACCUACAUAUAGGUGUUGACCCAUACUGCAUUUUUUAUAGUUAUUAAUUCAUUUAUAAUUAAUUAUCCUUGUCUGAUAAGAAUUCAUCGUAAUUUAUGUAUAAUUUAUGUCAUAAAAGCAUCUUUCAUGUCUGAUAAAAAUUUGUCAAAUAUAGUUUGCUUGUUUGGGUGA